AAACGCUUUGCUUCCUUCGUAGAAGUUCCUUUAAGGAACGUGGGUAUCAAAGCCAUGAUGUCUCCCCACAGCUCAAUAAAACCCAUCGCCACCCUUCUUUCACAUUUCUGAAAUUAUCUCUCUCUCACCUUAACCUCAUCAUGCCCACACUCAAACUCAAACUCCUACCUCCACAACCACCACCGCCACCGCCACCAACAACAAAGCUGCCGCCGCCACACCACCACCACCACCACCUUCUCUCCAUCCUCCUUCUCCUCUCUAUCACCACAGCCAAUGCUAUCAUCAUCCCCACCACCAGCAUCACAAUCACCACUAAAAUUAAUCAAAAAUUCAAAGAAGCCCCACAAUUCUACAACUCCCCUACAUGUCCAUCCCUCUCGUCAAACGACAUAUGUUCGCAAGAAGCCGUCCAUGUGGCUAUGACUCUUGACUUCCCUUACCUUAGAGGAACCAUGGCAGCCAUUCUUUCCAUCAUUCAACACUCUUCUUGCCCUGAAAAUCUCCGUUUCCAUUUCAUCUCCUCACCAUCCUCCAUUUCACUUCACUCCACAAUCACUUCCUCUUUCCCUUAUCUUCGAUCUCAGAUUUACACCUUCCAUACUUCUCCUGUCUCCGGCCUCAUUUCCACUUCCAUUCGUGCUGCUCUCGACUCUCCUCUCAACUACGCACGCAACUAUCUCGCCAAUCUCCUCCCUGGAUGCAUCCAAAAAGUGAUUUACUUAGACUCUGACAUCAUUCUUGUCGAUGACAUUUCAGUCUUAGCCGCAACCCCACUUGGCGAAGACGCAGUCUUGGCUGCGCCAGAGUACUGCAAUGCUAACUUCACUUCUUACUUCACACCUACUUUCUGGUCCAAUCCAUCUUUAUCUCUAAUAUUUGCAGGACGCAAUGCCUGUUAUUUUAACACAGGAGUUAUGGUGAUAGAUUUAGAAAGAUGGAGACAAGGUGAUUACACUAGAAAAAUAAUUGAAUGGAUGGAGUUACAAAAGAGAAUGAGGAUCUAUGAACUGGGUUCACUUCCUCCAUUCUUGUUAGUCUUUGCAGGUAACAUUGCGCCUGUUGACCAUAGAUGGAACCAACACGGACUUGGAGGGGAUAAUUUUAGAGGUCUAUGUAGGGACUUGCAUCCGGGUCCUGUUAGUCUCUUGCAUUGGAGUGGUAAAGGGAAGCCUUGGGCUCGACUUGACGAUAACCGGCCGUGUCCCUUGGACGCUCUCUGGGCUCCUUAUGAUCUCUUGCAGACGCCAUUUGCUAUUGAGUCUUAGAGGUUUCCGAAGAACUGUGGUAAAUCUACCAAAUAAUAAAGAGAUUUUUUCCUUUCUGAAGAUUAAAGUUUUGCACAUGUUCAAUGAAGGUAGAGAAAGAAAAAAGGUGUGUUUAUAGUCUAUAUACAGCCAUUAACAAACCUUAGAGUUUUGCUUCUUUUUUUUUUUCUUCUGUUUUUCUGGCUCUGUACCUGAGAACAGUAAACUAUAGUUACAUAUACUAAAGAAAUGGAGGGAAUUGUAUAGAGGGUUUUAAUCAAUUUAAUUUUCUAUCUUCUUUCUUUC